AUCGUGCCACCUCGAAGGUAGGCGGCACCAUCUUGGCGAAGAUAUAAUAUCACAUAACGAAGAAGUGCUUCCUACACUCGCAGUCUAUGAUGGAUGAAGACGAUGAUGCCCCUCCGAUACUCGUCAAAGGCGAUGCCACUACCACGGAAGGUGCACUCGCAACAGGAAUGGCAGAUAUGGACAUUCUCAAAGUCCCUAUUACGAUCAUUACAGGCUACCUUGGUGCCGGCAAGACAACUCUACUCAACUACAUUCUCACAGCCCGCCAUGGCAAGAAGAUUGCAGUCAUCCUAAACGAAUUCGGCAACAGUGCCGAUAUCGAAAAGUCUCUCACUAUCAACCAAGGCGACCAGCAGGUCGAAGAAUGGUUGGAGCUCGCAAACGGUUGUAUCUGCUGUUCGGUCAAAGACAGUGGCGUCAACGCUAUUGAAUUGCUAAUGGACCGACGUGGAGCCUUCGAUUAUAUCUUACUCGAGACCACUGGCCUCGCCGAUCCAGGCAACAUCGCUCCGCUGUUCUGGGUAGACGAAGGCUUGGGCAGCACAAUUUACCUGGACGGAAUCGUCACGCUUGUCGACGCCAAAAAUGUACUCCGAUGCCUUGAUCAACCUACCAGCGAAGAGGCUGCACAUGACGAAAACCACGGUGGUCAUGGAGGGCCUCUUCUUUCAACCGCCCAUUUACAGAUCUCUCACGCGGAUGUUCUCGUUAUUAAUAAGACGGAUCUGGUCACCGAAGCUGAGCUCGAGGCUGUCCAGCAGCGUAUAAGCUCUAUUAACGCUCUGGCACAGAUGCGUCUUACGGACCACAGCAAGAUUCCACACCUUGAAGGUGUGGUGCUGGACCUACAUGCGUACGAUCGAGUAGAUGCUGCAAGUCUUGACUUUGCCAGCAAAGGUCACAGCCACCUUGAUUCAACGAUUGGUACCAUAACUCUUACGCUGCCAACAGUAACCGAUAAAAGGCUGCAAAGGCUUGAUGCAUGGCUACGAUCCGUGCUUUGGUCAUCCGUAUUACCUGGUCAUGAUGUUGUCACGAACUGGGAGAUUCAUCGACUCAAAGGGCGCUUAACUAUGUCUGACGGGCAGAUUAAGUUGCUCCAGGGCGUGCGUGAGGUCUUCGAGCUGAUCGAUGGUUCCGACGUGAGCACCAACACCACGCAGCCUGCCGGUGGAACAACUCCUGGCGGCAAAAUCGUCAUAAUUGGCCGCAACCUUAGUGGCGAUACAACUAGAGGCGCAUUUCAGCGCAGUCUCAAUACGGCGGUCAACGAGGAAAUCUGAGAAUCGGCAUACUCAUAAUAGAACGAGCCGCUUCUCAAGAGAAAUGUCUUCUUGGGAAACGUAUCGUAACCGUGUCUGACGGCGGCCUUGUGG